AUGGCCGAGUCUGCGCGCAAAAAGCAGCGCCUUCCCCCGCAGCGCGACUUGCAGCGGACACCCGACAACAACGCGUCCAUGGAGCCCACGACACCCUUCCACCGGGCCACUAGUGUGGGCCCCACUCCAGCAAGCAGACGGACGCCAGCUCUUCGCACACCAGCAUCGGGGGCGACGCCGCGGGGCGGACCAGCAACUCGCCCUCUACCUUCGCGCAGGAUUGCACCCACUACUCCCCACGCGAUACGAGCCUUGAGAGAGCGAGCCAAUGCCGCAAGGACGCCAGGAAACACCCGGAGACGAAGCGGCCGCGUACAGAGGGAGACGCCGCGGGACAUUCUGCGCCAUCUUAGCAGAGCGCUCGCUCGUGAUACGCACCCAGUCGAGCCCUCCCCACAAGCCCUGCCCCGGCGUACGCGCCACUCAGCCCUCGAUCUUCCAGACGUCGAAGAUGGCCCUACCAUGCCUGCGCCCCGCCUUUCAAUGCCCCUAGAGAACAUGUACGACGAUGACGAUAGUUUCCACAGUGCCCCACCACGGCAGUCCCUCCUACCAGACUUACCAGACGACGUCGAUGGCGGGACCGUACAAUCGCUCGAGUUUGGACGACGAGCCAUCAGUGAGGAUCCACGCUUCAUGUUCGCGGGAAGGCAGAGUGAACGAUUCGGCGAUCUGAGCGAACUCGGGGCGCUCCAAGAGGAGUACGAGGUCGAUGGUACCUUCAUCAACCCACGUGCAGAUGGGUUCUUUGAUCCUGCAAUGGACGAAGCUCUAGAUGGUGACGAAACGACAAUACAAGCACUGACCGGGCGAAGAGACGGAAGGCCUAGUGACGUAAAUUUGGGCGUAUUUGGAGAGGCAGAGGAUGAUACAGAAGAGCCUACCUUCCGCUUUAUGAUACCUGAGCGCAUGCGUGUGCCAACCCAAGAAGACGUACAAGGAUAUCAAAACGAGCGGGAAGAAGACGAACAAGAGCCGGAUGACGAACAUCUGCACCUGCCCGAUGAUUACGACUUACUCGAUAGCGACGACCAGGACGGGAUAGCGGCUGCUUUCGAUGGCAAAGACCAAACAGCAACCGCCGGCAUGUUAGGUUGGGAAUCAGAUCCGCCUGCAGAUAGCGACGCCGAACUAGUCGCCUAUCGAGAAGAAGAAUCUGCCAUUGAUCGAAGCCUGCAGGCCAAGUCGCCCAAGCAAACAGAUGUAGCCCAGAUGAAGGGUGUUCGCAAACCGAAAGAAUACAUGGUAUCCGAACACGGUAUCGGCUUCCCCUUAUUCCCAGCCGCGCCUGUCAAGAAGCUUACUUUGAGCUUCUUGAAGUCGCAGGGAGGCAAGGCCCGACUUAAUACGGAAACACUCGACGCACUCGUACGCACGACCAACGACUUCUUCGAGCAGAUUAGCAUGGAUCUCGCAGCAUAUGCACAGCACGGUGGACGAACGACGAUUGAAGAAAGCGACGUCAUCGCGCUUAUGAAAAGCGUUCAGACUCAUAGCGGACAUGACUCGCAAGACCACCGGUACUUGUACAUCGUUUUCUCUAGCGCAGAGGAUGCUUCCUAG